GCGAAGAAUCUCUCCUCCCACAAGACUCUAGAAAAUCACUAUAAAUAUCUAAAAAAAAAAGAAAAAAAGAAAAAGGCAAAUCACAAAUGGCGGCGUCGGGGGUAGCAGCGCCGACGAGAGCCGAGGUUCUCCAGCUUUACCGUUCACUGCUCCGAGUGGCGCGUCAGUUCUGCGACUACAACGUAAGAGAGUACACAAAACGACGAACCAUCGACGCGUUUCGAGACAAGAAGAACUUAACCGACCCUUCCCAGCUGUUCGCCGCUUUCUCCGACGGUAAAGCUCAGCUAGAAGUCGCUAAAAGACAAGCCAUCGUGUAUUCCCUCUAUGCUCCAAAGGUGAAAAGCAUCAUGGAUAUUAAACCCUCUUAAUAAAAUAUAUCGUUACUUUUUGCUCGAAUAAACUUUGACUCAUUGAGGUGAAGAUUAAGUUUUUGUAGUGUAUGAAGUUGAAUUUUGUUAUUUAAUUCACAGUUUGGAUUAAUGGCAUGUGGAAUUUUGUUUGUUUUA